AUGAAGGAUGUGAAGGAUGACUGGAGGAAGAAGUCUGGGCAGCUCCUGGGACAAGAUAGAGAUUUAGAGACAAAACUCAAAUCUGACUUUAAGAAUCUCCACACCUUUCUAUGUGAAGAAGAGAAAUUGUAUCUCUGGAGGCUGGAGAAAGAAGAGCAGAUGAGACUGAAGGAGAGCGAGGCCAAUCUGCAGCAGAAGAGCAAGGAGCUCAAGGACCGCAUCCCGGAAUUGGAGGAAAAAUGUCAGAGCUCAGCCCAGAACCUGCUGCAGGAUGUGAAAGGCACCUUGAGCAGGAGUUGUGUUGUGAAGUUGGAAGCUCCUGAGGUCUUUACCUUGGAGAUUCAGACUGCAUGUGGUGUUGCUGAGCUUUACUUGGAUGUGAUAAAAAUACUAAAAUGCUAUGAAGUGAGUGUGACUCUGGAUCCAGAAACAGCUCCUCCUACCUAGACUCUGUCUGAGUCUCAUGGGUGCAGCCAGCAGAAUCUUAAGUUUUCAUUCAGGAGAUUUACAGCCUUCCCCUGUGUCCUGGGCUGUGAGGGCUUCACCUCAGGAAGACACUACUUCGAAGUGGAUGUUGGAGAAGGAACAGCUUGGGAUGUGGGAGUCUGCAUGGAAAAUUUGCAGAGAGGCCUUGGCAUGAAGCAGGAGCCUGAGCUUGGAUUCUGGGCCAUCCGGCUGUGCCCAGAGAAUGGCUAUGCAGCACUGACCUCUCCGCGCACUGUCCUUGAGCUGUGUGAGCGACCCCUGGUGGUGGGGAUUGUUCUGGACUAUGAAGCUGGAACUGUGUCCUUUUGCAACAUGACCACUAGCUCCCACAUCUUCACCUUCCCGAAGGCUUCCUUCUCUGAAAUUCCGUGGUCUUAUUUCCAGGUUUGUAAACUUUCUCCUUUGUCCUUGCUUCCCUGUGUGGUGUGGGUAAUUUAUUAAUUGUUAACUUGCGUGAAGACAUCUAACUGCACUGAGUCAGCAUAGUUCUGGAUGUGGAAGACGCAUUUAAGGAGUGUUGUCAGAACGGUAUAAAAGGAGAAGAGGAGGGGAGGAUUUCAGCUGAUGAUCCCUGGAGGAGCUUCCUUACAGCUGCUUUUCUACGGAGGAGUUUUGGGUUUUUUCCCUUAUUCAAGAGAGCUUCAAUUCUUGUGUUCAUCUUGGACGUCGUUUCUUGGCUUCCAGGGCAGAUCCUCAGCCUUCUGGCACAGCUCCAUUCAGGCUUUUGGUACAAACACUCCAGCUUCCAGCACUGGCCCUCGGGCCUUUGCAGUGAAGAUACUUCAGUCUCCCAUCUGGGAUCCUUCGGCUUCCUGAUAUGGACUUGCACAGGACAUUGCCGUGG